AUGGGACAUGUACCAGUUGGAUGUACUGAUUUAGAGAAAAUUACUUCACUGAAGGCCUUUUUGCAUGAGCAGUUUAAGAUAAAAGACCUUGGUAAGCUGUACUAUUUUCUGGGACUAGAAAUACUAUACAGACAAGAUGGUGUUUUGAUUUCCCAAAGGAAAUUCACUACUAACUUGCUAAACGAGCAUGACUUCAUGAAUUGCAAAGUUACUUCAUCACCUCUUGAGUCUACUGAAAAGCUUAAAGCUACAAAUGUUUGCCCUGACUCUAGAAAAUCUAUCAAUGGGUACCUGGUCCUUAUGGGUGAUAGUCCCAUUAGUUGGAAGUCCAAGAAACAGGCCACCGUGUCCUUAUCAUCAGCUGAAGCAGAAUAUAGAGUUGUGAGACAAGUGGUGCGAGUUUUGGUAUGGUUUGAGAGAUUACUUGCUGAACUGACAGUGGAAUGUCCCCUGCCUAUACAUGUGUUUUGUGAUAGUUAG